UGUAGCCGCGGUAUGAACCUGGAGGUCAUUUCAUUCAUGGUUUCCUCCCACUUCAGAUGGCAACCGAGACAUAACAUUGUAAACCUGCCGCCCAUGGAAGCCAUCAAGAAGCUCCAUUCCCACCUCAUCGUCACAGGAUUGUACAAGCACUCAUCGUCCCCUAUUUUCAGGGUCCUCAUCUCCUAUGCUCUCUCCCCGCCUCACUUGACCCACGCCCGUCGUGUCUUUGAACAAGUACAAGAACCCAACACUUUCCUCUGGAACACCAUGAUCCGAGGAUUCGCCAGUAGUGAAGCGCCCGAUGAUGCCAUCCUUUUCUACAACCUAAUGCGAGCACAAGGCGUCCCGCAAGAUCACAUGUCCUUCCCUUUUGCACUAAAGGCCUGCGCACGGAUCUCAGCUGUAAGAGAAGGAAGCAGGGUGCACGCACAUUGUCUCAAACUCGGGUUUCUGUCGGAUGUUUUCGUUUCCAAUUCGUUAGUUCAUCUUUACUCGGUGUGCGGGGAUAUUAGUCGCGCAAGUUUGGUGUUUGAGGAAAUGCCUGCGCGAGAUUUGGUUUCCUGGAACUCAUUGAUCUGUGGGUGCAGCCAACACGGCCGCUUGAGGGACGCAUUGGGUCUUUUUGAAGCGAUGCAGGCGGAAGGUAUCAAGGCCGAUAAGGUGACCAUGGUCAAGGUCAUUUCUGCUUGCACUCACUUGGGAGAGUGGGACUUGGCUGAAUCCAUGGUCAAGUAUAUAGAAGAGAACAGUGUAGAGGUGGAUGUUUACCUGGGAAAUACUUUAAUUGACUAUUACGGUAGGCGAGGUUUAGUAAAUUCUGCUGAAAGGAUAUUUAAUGCGAUGAGAGAGCAGAAUAUGAUGACUUUAAAUUCUAUGAUUACAACUUAUACUAAGGCUGGGGAUUUAGUUUCCGCUAGAAGAAUCUUUGAUAGCAUGCCUGAGAGGGAUUUGAUAUCUUGGGGUUCCAUAAUCACAGGGUGCUUCCAAGCAAACCAUUUCUCAGAAGCUUUGGCACUAUUUCAGCAGAUGCAGGAGGCAGAGGUUGAACCAAGUGAAAUUGUUAUUGUCAGUGUGCUGUCAGCUUGUGCCCAUCUUGGUGAACUCAACCUAGGUAAGUGGAUCCACAACUACAUUCGAAAGAAGAAAAUCAGGGCGGACAUCUAUGUCGGAAACUCUCUGAUUGAUAUGUACUCAAAAUGUGGAUGUAUAAUGGAUGCAUUCGAAGUCUUCAUGGAGAUGAAAGAGAAGGAUACGUUGUCAUGGAAUGUCAUUGUGUUUGGACUUGCUGCUAAUGGUUAUGUUAAUAGUGCUCUAGAAGUAUUUACUGAUAUGUUGAGAGAAGGAUUCCGGCCUGACGAUGUCACUUUCCUUGGCGUCUUGAAUGCUUGUGCUCGCAGUGGAUUGGUUGACAAGGGGCUCAAAUAUUUUGUGAGCAUGAAGGAAGUUUAUGGGUUGGAACCACAGAUGAAGCACUAUGGCUGUGUCGUUGAUCUUCUUAGUCGUUCCGGUGAGUUGGAUAAGGCUUACAAUUUCAUCAAGGAGAUGCCAAUGACCCCAGAUCUAAUCAUAUGGAGGACACUGCUUCGAGCCUGCCACACACAUGGCAAUGUGGAUUUGGCCGAGAUAGCCACGGAGAAGCUUAAUGAAUUGGAUCCUAGUAACAAUGGCAACUACAUGCUUUUGUCCGACACCUAUGCCAGUGGAAAUAGAUGGAAUGACUCCAUGAAAGUUAGAGAAACAAUGGAGUAUACCGAUGUGCAGAAAAUACCUGGUUGUAGCUCGAUCGAAGUUACAAACUUGGCAGAUGAGUUAACGGCUGCUGAAAUGCCACUUAUGGUGAAUAGACAAGGUGUUCCUAUCUGAUUCUGUUAACUGCAUAAUGCUUCUGGAUAACAAGUGACCAGAUUUUAUUUGUCA